AUUUAACAAAAGAUUAAGAUUUUUAAUAAUUUGAAACCUAAAUAAUAAUUUAUAAUUUAUAAUUUAUAAUCUGUAAUAUUUAAUGUAUAAUAUAAUACAAGGAAAAGAAAAGUUCUAUAUCCUCAAUUCUGAAGGUAUAAUAUAUAAGAAAUAUUGGGAUAUCGGGCCUUACUUAAUCGGGUAAGGGCCUUGGCGUUCCACCGCCAUUUCAGACGCUCCCCAUCGAGAAUGCACGCCAAUGCCGCAAACGAUCUACAUUGACCAUUCGCUCUCGAAUCUUGCAUUUCCUCGCCCGAAAUGAUGAGCCGAAAUGUCGAGCACAUCACGCCACAAGUCGUGCCUCGAAUGCAUCCAGACUAAACGAAAGUGCGACCGAACAUGGCCGAGAUGCCAGCGUUGCGUCGCGAGAGGCUCUGAAUGCCAAUAUAUCGGCCGGAAUCGUCAUCAACCAUUCCGAAGCCCUGAUUCCAACGUGGAUCAAUCUGUUCCUAUCUCGGAGCGUUUGGGCGGACAGCCAUCUAGCAACUGGCAGUUGGAGCAAUGUCACGCGGAACCAACGUCGUUGCUCACACCAUGCUGGGAUGGUGCUCUGUUCGAAUUCCCUAACCAUUUCAACCUUGGUAGUCAUGACAACUUCAUCUUCAAUAGCAUACAAGACGAAGUUGCUCAACAAGCGUCGAGCAGUGCUGAUCCAGGUAUCGUACGAGCCAUCACUUCGGAUGCAAAACUCCAGGCUCGUGUGGAAUUCGUAGCAAAGCGACUAGCAACAAUCCCGAGGACAUUCGCACAGCACGGCCACACAAUGUUCAUCCACCGGAUACAGUUCCAGCAGAGUUGUUCCCCGGCUCUGCAGGAUGCAAUGAGCGCUUGCGCCUUGUAUUGCAUGAAGGGCGUGGCAAAUCAAGCAUUGGUAUUUGGAAAUUUAGAACAUAAAUGUCAGCAGCUAAUUGCAGGCACCGAUGCGCUGCUCACCUCUAAAACUGAUCUUCUUGCGGCUCUACAAGCGCUCCUGCUUUACCAGAUGAUGCGACUCUUCGAUGGCGACAUUCGUCUCAGAGCCCAUGCGGAAGCCGAUGAAGCGAUUGCGAUCCUAUGGGCGAGCCAACUCAGCGCUCUGACGAACAACGCAGCAGACACUACGUUGACUGCGCCAGGUUCGACAGACACGAGUAUUGUGACAAUAGGCCGCAAGUCGGACUGGCAGUCCUGGCUCGUUGACGAAAGCAUCCGACGCACCGUUAUAACCACAUUUAUGCUGAAGGGUGUAUACAGUUUUCUGAAACUUGGCUACGACAGCCCCACAAAUCUACAUGUAUGCUUCACUGCACAAGCAGCACUUUGGAAUGCGCAGUCCGCAAUCAGUUGGUGUAGGGCCCAAGAAGAGACGGAGCGACUCGAGAUAUGGGCUACGCGCUGGGAUGAAACGAUUGUAAAGGCGAAACCAAUGGAUCUGGAGGAGCUUGGUGUACUAAUUAUGACGAUGUUAUGGGGACCUGAGGCGACGCGGACAUGGUUGGGAGAAGAUGUUACUCUGAAAUAUGGGUUGGAGACGGCUUAGAACGAUGUGGUACUCUAUACUAUUAGAUGUAAUAUAGGGGGGCCCUCCGUACUUGGCCUGGAUGUUUUCUGAAAGAAAAUCUAAUAGAGGUAAAUAGACAUAUUGGUAAUGCUUUAUUAGUACAUUAAUUGAAAAAUAAAGUAGCUAUAGAUAUUUUUUUGAAGGUGGGAAUAGCUUUAAAUCAGUUAAAUUAUAGGUGAUUAGAAAACCAGUUUUGCGGAUGCGGAUAAAGAAUAUCUCGAAAAUAAGCUUCCCCUAAGCGAUGUGGACUUCUGAGUUGUAGGAGCCAAAAACGACUCCCAGCUUCCUCUGUGCCGGAUUGGAUUCUCU